AUGUUGACCAUUCUCCUUCAAGCAGCUUUUUCUUCCACGAAUGCUGCUGUAUUUAAACUUGCAGGAUCAACAGGAUGCCCAGAUUCCGUCACAACAGAAGUCACAGACCUCAAUGAAGAACUUUUAAACACAAAUCAAAAGCAAAUCACUGCUUACAUCGGUAAGGAUGGUGCAUCAGUAAACGAGGCUUCCAUCGGUACAAAGGAUGUUAGUUUUGUUUCAUGUGGAGACGUUCAUACAAUCACACUUUCGCUUGAUGAUUCAGUUCAGACAAAGAAAAUCACACUUAACAAGCUCACAGCUACAAUCCCUUCGAUCGAAACCCUUUCGGAUCUCCAUUUUUCAGAUAUCUCUGUUACAGAUUCUAAAAUUGAAAAAGGAGGACAAUACACAUGGCAUACAGACGUCCACUCCACAGAUAUUUUAUCAGGUGCCUCAAGUGCUAUCAAAACAAUGAAUUCAAAGAACUUAACUCUCCGUGGCGAAGAUCUCCUCCAAUCUCUUAACAUUUCUUCGAAUGUUUUCUCUCCAGGUGACUCCCAGAACUUCACAUACACCGUGUCAGUUUCAGAAUAUGCCUACGUUGAGUAUAAAACCACAAAUCAGUUCUAUUUAUCAAUUUCUAAUUUAACUGUUCCUCUUACGAUCAGACCACUUGCUAAUGGCACCCACAUCAAGCUCACCUACGAUUCUACCAUUAAUAAAGUUACAGUUGAUAAUCGUGAUAUAACAACGCUCAAGAUCUCCUCCAAAGACGUUACUGACCUUAAUUUGAACACUGUCGACUCAUCCAACAAGAUUGUUUACGAAAAAAUCACUCCUAUCAGUACGAAAUUGAACGUUGGUCAGAUUAUCGGUAUCGUAAUUGCUGUUUUACUUAUUGUCGCAUGCAUCCUUGCAUGUGUCUUCAUCGCCAAGUGCGAAGCCAAAGAGCAGGCUGAAGAUGAAGCAGUUCUCCGUGGAGAUGAAGGUCAGGAUGCCCAAAAUGACCAGGAAGAGCCAGCAGAUAACAAUAACGAUUCACAAAAGGAUGGUGAAAAAGUUAAUUAA